AUGGAGGAAGGCACCACCUCGGGUUCACGGAGAACGCGGUCUCAGGUUGCUCCGGACUGGGCUCUCAAAGACUGUCUGAUUCUCGUGAACGAGAUCGCUGCGGUUGAAGCGGAUUGUUCGAAUGCGUUAUCCAGCUUCCAGAAAUGGACAAUGAUCUCAGAGAACUGUAACGCUUUGGAUGUACACAGAACCCUGAACCAAUGCAGGAGGAAAUGGGACUCAUUGGUGUCAGAUUACAAUCAGAUCAAGCGGUGGGAAUCCCAAGGACAAGGCAGUGGCCAUUCCUAUUGGUCCCUGAGUACUGAGAAGAGGAAGAGACUGAAUCUCCCCAGGAAUGUGGGUAAGGAGCUCUUUGAAGCCAUCAAUGCGGUUGUGAUGAUCCAAGAGCACAAAGCUGAGACUGAACCUGAUAGUGACCCGGAAGCAGAAGAAGGCUGUGACGUUCUUGAUGUCACUACCGAAUUAGGAUCAAAAAGGCCAAGACAGCGAACUGUGGUCGUCAUGAAGGAGAAUCCGCCACAUAAGUCAAAGACGGAAGAGGAGCCACGGAGAAACCGAGUUCCGGAAAACAUUCGAGACCAACGUGCAAAAGCAAACCUUCAGAACAAAACCGUUGAAGAGAAGAAGCCAGUGGAAGAAAUCUCCACGGAUGAAGAAGAGGAGGAGGAGGAGGAAACGAUGAGCAUAGAAGAGGAGGAGGAAGCGAUGAACAUAGAAGAGGAGGUAAAAGCGAUGGAAGCGAAGCUAGGUGAGAAAGCUGACUUGAUACAUGCAAUAGUUGGGAGAAAUCUAGCAAAGGGUAGUGAAACAGGGGAUGAUAUUGGCAUUGACGACAAAAUGAAGUUUGCGAGACAUCAAGGAGACGAGCUAAUCGUUUGUCUGAGUGAAAUUGUUAAUACCCUUAAUAAGCUCCAUGAAGUUCCCCAAGAAAUCGAGUGA